CGUGCAGCGGUCUACUCAGUGGAACUGAAACAAUUCGUUUAGCAAUUUGGACAGAGCCUAAAAACUAACCAUCGCAAGGAAUGGUUUCAGUAUGUUUCCGCUGAAUGAACAAAUAUCUGGUCACAGAAAAUUCAUUUAGGUAUCCUGCUAGCUAGCCAGCCAGCCCCGGAACACCACCGGCAAGGAAACCUUUAGCAAGCUAGGCAGCUACUUGUGUGGCUCUUUUCCAGACUCGGACAGCAAUCAAGCCGGCAAGAGAGCUGUCGAGAUGUUGUAACCAUGGACAGCAGAAUAAACGAGAAUCCUGAGAAAACAUUUGAUCUGGUACUACAGGUGGAAUGUCCGACAUCUGAAAAUGAAGAUCCAGCGGUGUUGUGGAAGUUCCCCCAGGACUUCGGAGACCAGGAGGUGCUGCAGACCGUACCCAAGUUCUGCUUCCCCUUUGACGUUGAGAGGGUUUCGCAGAAUCAGGUGGGCCAGAACUUCACGUUUGUCCUCACGGACAUCGAGAGCAAGCAGAGGUUUGGCUUCUGUCGGCUAACCUCAGGAUGUAGGCUCUGCAUUUGUCUUCUCAGUUAUCUCCCAUGGUUCGAGAUUUACUAUAAGCUGCUAAACACUCUGGCAGACUACUUGGCAAAACACCAGGAAAAUGACUUGAAUGACAUGUUAAAAUCAUUGCACAGCCACCCGGUGCCAAAGCCAAACACUCCUGUCAAUCUGAGCGUGAAUGAGCGGUUGCAUAUUGCCACUGGGCAAGUUGUGAAAGAUCCACAAAGCCAGGAGCCGCACUCAUACUUCAUAGCUCCUGAUAUUAAUGGACUCCCUACCAUUCCUGAAAGUAGAAAUCUGACUGAAUAUUUUGUUGCUGUGGAUGUGAACAACAUGCUGCAGCUCUACGCCAGUAUGCUGCACGAACGACGCAUCAUUAUUACCUCAAGCAAGCUUAGCACUUUAACUGCAUGUGUUCACGGGUCUGCCGCCAUGCUGUAUCCAAUGUACUGGCAACACAUUUUCAUCCCUGUGCUUCCUCCACACCUCCUGGACUACUGCUGUGCUCCCAUGCCAUAUCUCAUCGGAGUCCAUCUCAGUUUGUUAGAGAGAGUAAGGAGCAGAUCACUGGAAGAUGUAGUCAUCUUAAAUGUUGACACGAACACCCUGGAAAGCCCUUCGGAUGAUCUUCAGAAUCUGCCCGGUGAUGUGGUCUCCACUCUGAAGAGCAAGCUGAAGAAGCAGUCCACAGCGACGGGCAGCGGGGUCGCCCGGGCCUUCCUGCGGGCCCAGGCCGCCCUGUUUGGAUCCUACCGAGAUGCCUUGAGAUACAGACCUGGAGAGCCAAUCACUUUUUGUGAAGAAAGCUUUGUUGCCCACCGGUCUAGCACUAUGAGAUGCUUUCUUGAAAUGGCUGUGAACCUCCAGCUCUUCAAACAGUUCAUUGAUGGCAGACUGGCGAAAUUAAAUGCAGGAAGAGGCUUCACAGACAUCUUUGAGGAGGAAAUCACAGAGGGGGGUUUCUGUGGAAGUAAUUCAAGGUCUUAUCAACAGUGGAUGCAAACAGUUAAGAAAGGAGGUGCUUUCAUAAAUACUGCAGUGACCAAGGCCAGCCCAGCAGUGAGGACCGCCUACAAAUUUGCCAAAAGUCACGCCAAGCAAGGAAUCAAGGAAAUGAGGAGCAGGUUGAAACAAAGGGAGGCGGAGGACGACGAUGGGCCUGUCUGCGCGGGGUCUCCCACCAGCACGAAAAGCCUCUCGCCAAAGAGGCUGCAGAAGAGAAGAAAGCAUUAUUACACAAAGUCCCCAAAGAGCAUGGGCUGUCCUGACUUUGUUAUAGAUGAUGACGAGUUGGACACAGCUAGCAAGAUUUCUUCAGAAGACAGCGGGGAAGUCCCUUCCUACACCGAAGACAGUGAUGACUCUUACGACCUAGACGCUGACCGCCAGAGUACCGGUCAGAUGAACCUGCUGGAGGAGAUCCUGGACACACUGAGUACCACUAGCACUGAACAGGGCAAGCUGUCUGGAGCCAAGAGUCUGGACUUCUUCAGGUCUAUGGAUGACAUCGACUACAAGACUAUAAAUAAGUCCAACCCGCCCAGCGAGAGUAACCUGGCCCAGCUGUGCAACAGCGGGGCAGAGCAGAUGACCUGGAACUUGGGGCAGGAUGACAGCGCCCUUCACGGGAAGCACCUGCCCCCUUCCCCGCGCAGGCAGAGUGUGAGGGGGCCGCGGGAGUCCCUGCACGCCGCCGCCGAGGACGAUGGCGACGACGUCACCCCGCCCUGCGUGCCUCCCGCGGGAGACCCCCCCGACGCGGGAGACCCCCCCGACGCGGGAGACACCCCCGCCGCAGGCGACACCCCCGCCGACUCGGAGCCCUCGACUGACCCCCAAAGCCCCGAGCAGCAGCAGCCCGCCCCCUGCAGCGCCCUCCGGAGGAAAGUGCUGUCCAAACGCGUGCUGAGGCACUACCACGACCGAGGCCAGCAGGAGCACAACGCCAGCCCCAAGCCCCGGCAGCCCUCCAUGCUGGUCCCCUGGGAGAAGGAGAAGGAGAGGGAGAGGGAGAGGGAGGAGAGCGGGGAGGGCUGCGGGAAGGCUCCAGGAGAGGACCAGGGCCUGCUGGAGGAAAUUGAGUCCGUGUACCGCCUGAGCUCGGCUCUCCACGCCGGCCUCCAGCUGUCUGAGCUGAGUAGCAACACCACUGACGAGUCCUGAUUCCACGAGGUGGGGGGGGGGG